AUUUAAAGUAAAAUGGAAGCAUACUCCCCUCCAGCUAGUGAUAGUUUAAAGCCCAAUACCCUACUGGGACACGAGAUUUCAAGCUUAAGACAAAAGAUACAGCUAUUUAUAUCUUGUAGAAACCUCAAAGAUCUUGAUUUAAUUACUGUUUCUGAUCCUUAUGUCGAGAUCUGGCUUAAGAAUGAUGAGAGAACCCCAUGGACCAAGAUUGCUCAAACUGAGACCAUCGACAACAACCUCAACCCUGACUUUGCAACACCCGUUGUGCUGGAUUACUUCUUUGAGAAGAGCCAGGAAAUUAGGUUCGAAGUCUACGAUAAAGAUGUAAAUGGUAGAGAUGAAAUUGGGAAAUGAGAAACAAAAAUUUCAAAGCUUUUAGCAGCUCAAAAUCAAACCUUUACAGCAGAUUUAAAAUAUGCCAAGAAGCCUAAAAGGAAAAAUGGACAGAUAUUAGUCACAUUAGACAGUGUUAAAGAAAGCAAUCAUACAGUGAACAUUAGUUGAAGAUGAGACGACUUAAAAUCCAAAACCAAACUUUUUGGGUUAGUUUCUACCAACAAUCCCUUCUUAGUUAUCAGAAGAUGAAGGAAUUAUGAUCCUUCUCCUGAUGAUGUCACCACCUCUGUUAAAGUCUAUGAGUCUCCUGUUAUCAAGGGCACACUCACUCCAUCGUGGAACCUAGGUGAGAUCAAAUGAGAACUCCUCUGCAACUCAGACCUAGACAUUCCCUUGAUCUUCGAAGUCUGGUCUUAUCACAAUUCGGGCAAGCACCGGAUUUACGGAAGGGUCAGAGGGUCUAUCAAAGAAAUGGCUUCUAGAGUCGGUCAGUCUCAAGACAUCAUCAAAAAGCAAGGCAACCCAUACGGAACUCUGACUUUCGACUCCUUCGAUCUGAUUGAGAUACCCACAAUGGUCGACUACAUCCGGAGUGGAUGGAUCAUGUCUCUGAGUGUGGCCAUUGAUUUCACAGCGUCGAACGGAGAAUUGUCUUCACCGAGUUCUUUGCACUAUGUUGACCCUAACAAUCCAGGCAAGAUGAACCAGUACGAACAAGCUAUAUUCCAAGUAGGCAACAUUCUUGAGCCUUACGACUCAGACAGAAUGUUCCCAGUGUUCGGGUUCGGUGGCGAGCCCAGGUUCUGAGGCAUCAACGAAGUGUCUCACUGAUUCCACUUGAACGGUCAAGAAAACCCUGAAGUCGAAGGGGUCCAAGGCAUCUUGCAGGCUUACCGUGAAGCCAUGGUGGGUGGACUGGGACUGUACGCCCCAACAAACUUUUCACCAUGACUGGAAACCAUGAUAACGUUUAUUGAGCAGAGAAAACAUUUGUCAGAGUAUCACAUAAUGUUGUACAUCACAGAUGGAGCUAUAACUGACAUGAAGGAGACAGUUUCAUCAAUUGUCGAAGCUAGUAACUUACCAAUGAGCAUCAUUAUAAUUGGAGUUGGAAAUGCAGAUUUUCAGCGAAUGGAACAACUUGAUUGCGAUGAUGGUCUUCUUAGAGAUCAAUAUGGAAAUGUAGCAAAGCAAGACAUAGUACAAUUUGUUGAGUUUAAUAAAUACUCAUCCGAUGUCACCCUUCUUCACGAGGAUGUACUUCGAGAAGUCCCAGACCAAGUCGUCAGAUAUAUGCUGAUGAAUGGCAUUAGACCGAACCCAGUAGAGCAUGAUAUCAUGAGAUAAAGAAAUUAUUCUUAGUUAAUUCUACUUAGACAG